AUGAACUGGGGAUUUUUGGAAAACGUCUUGAGUGGAGUAAACAAGUAUUCCACCGUCAUUGGACGCGUCUGGUUAUCGAUACUCUUUAUCUUCCGCAUCCUGGUAUUCGUGGCGGCCGCUGAGCAAGUCUGGAAGGAUGAACACAAAGAUUUUGUGUGUAAUACUCAACAGCCUGGCUGUGAAAACGUGUGUUUCGACCAGUUCUUUCCCAUCUCUCAGGUACGCCUGUGGGCCCUUCAGCUCAUUAUGGUGUCCACACCCUCUCUGCUGGUGGCUCUGCAUGUAGCCUACCGUGAACACAGAGAGCAGAAGUAUGGCAGGAAGCUCUACGAGGACAAGGGCAGGAUCGACGGUGGUUUGCUCUGCACCUACCUUGUGAGUUUGGUAUUUAAAACAGCCUUUGAGGUGGGAUCCCUUCUGGCCUUCUAUUUCCUAUACAAUGGUUUCAGUGUUCCAAGAGUUCUUCGCUGUGAUGCAGAGCCCUGCCCAAACACAGUGGACUGCUAUAUCUCUAAAGCCACUGAAAAGAAGGUGUUCCUGUACAUCAUGGGAUGUACGUCCAUACUUUGCAUUGUUUUGAAUGUCAUAGAGAUGCUGUACAUUAUAUCCAAACAGAUCUGUAAAAUUGCUGUCGUUGAACAGAGGGUCACAAGAUGGGGUGUAAUCUUGUUGCUGUUCAGACUUCAUUAAGAUAUUUCCAGUGUGUUGUAUAACUG